CUUUGUCAACACUCUAUUACUAGUUUGCAUGUAGCGCUAGGGCCAGAGUACAUUCAAUGGCCGAGCACACUGAUUGACUCAUGUCAGCUUUUCAAGUACUUUUUCCACUUUGAGACAAGUUUGUGAGGUCUUGCCAACACCCAGUUUCAUAGGUUUUUUUCUAAUAUUUUUUUUACCUGUGCUUCCUUUCUUGGGAAGGUGGGCAAUUUUAGCAAUUGACUGUAUUUAUCUAGCCCUUGUACAUGGUAUACCGGUACCAGUAUAGUCUACAGACAGUCUACGCGUCUACAGUGACUGUAGUAGCAAAUUGUGGGAACACGUGAUAUCCUGUAUUCCAGCUAUGGAUGACGAGGACCAGACAUCGCUGACAGCAUACAUAGGCAAUCUGCCCUUUGAUGUGUCGGAUGCUGACGUUAGGGAACUGAUGGACCCAGUCACGGUGAAGGAGGUCAGACUGAUUAAAAACCGUGACACUGAUAGAAUGAAAGGGUAUGGUUUUCUAGAGUUCAAGACGGAAGAAGACCUCAGGAGUGCGCUCUUAAAGCACGAAGAGAUGUACCGCGGCAGGCGGCUAAAUUUGGAGAGGUGCCGUCACCCUCCCCAUCCGCCAGGUUCUGGUCCAUCAGCCAAGAAUAGCAGCAGCGACCGUGAUCAUCGGGCAGAUGGUCGACGGAGGCCCCGUCACCGAGCUCGGGAGGAUGGACGAUAUGACGAUCGCCGUGAUAGGUUUGGCGAUCGCCGUGAUAACAGGUUUGACGAUCGCCGUGACGACAGGUCUGACGGUCGCCGUGACGACAGGUUUGACGGUCGCCGUGACGACAGGCCUGACCACCGACGUGACGACAGGUUUGACGAUCGCCGUGACGACAGGUUUGACGGUCGCCGUGACGACAGGUUUGACGAUCGCCGUGACGACAGGUUUGAUGAUCGCCGGCGAUACAGGCGAGAAGAAGACGACCACCAGCAGCGUCGGGAUUGGGAUGAUGGGUACAGCUCUAGACGAGACCAUGACAGGUGGGACGAUCGGCGACCGGCAUUUGACCGACGGCACUCUCCAGAUUACGACCGCCGGGAACCACUCUAUCGCCGCGAACAUCCCGACUAUGGCAGCCGCCGAGAGCAUGUUGAUGAUGAGAUCCCCUUCCGGACCAGCUACGAGCGACCUCGGCGAGAUUAUGACGAGGGUCUCACUAGGACCAGUGGCUAUGGUGUUGUGGCUUCUCCUCCUAGAUAUGAACGACGGCUCUACCGCUAGUCUCUUAGCUUAGCUGCUGGGCCAUUCUGCGAGGGAAGUUCGCUGCAUGGUUCGUUGAAAUCCAAGGUAACUGCUCCAUCGGAUCUGGCCACACUAGGUCCUCAGAUGAAGGACGUUGAACUGUGCGUUUGCUUUGCUUCUGCAAAGAGCACAUGCCAGCAGCCUUGUGAUGCACGCAAUUGUUGCAGUCAGGUUUUGCUCUCGACGGGCAUGAAAACGCUGUAGACCACGCGGGUGCAAAUAUUAGGUUGGUUUUGUGCACGUGAGCGUGUACUGCAGUUUUAAAGUGGCAUUGCCACGUCUUUAUGCAUGGCUACUUUUACCCUGAUGGUUGCUUGUGCUUUUCAAUUUUGAACUCCGAGCUCUACAAAUAUCACGCUGAACUGAAGCUGUUCUUUCGCUUUGCUUUACCAGUAUGUGUUGUCGUUAAUACUUCGUCCUUGGCUGUUCUAGUUUUUUUGUCCUUUGCCAUCUUUAUUGUUGUUGUUGUCGCGAUCAAUGUUUAUUUUGCGCCUGUACGCGUGCAUGCGUGAAUGAGCGUUUGUGAAAGGCUGAUGUUGAGCAGCUGUACCUGUGACUUGUGUCUGCUUCUGGCUGUGGUACGAAGGGUUGCCUUUCCUUCCUCAUCACUUUCCUACUACUUGAAGUAUGCACACAGUCAAUCUCGCGAAUAACGACUUUUGGCCGGCCACAAGAAUUACGGUGUUAUUCGCGCGGUGUUAUCUUUAUGUACAUGUACAUAUGCAUAGCCGCAAUUUUAAAGACUUGGCAACUUGUCGCCCGCACCUGACUCGUACGCUACGGUUCCCCUCAGCAUUUCUCACCUUGCUCCCCCCUUAUGUUCACUGUUCAGGCUGCCCGUUUUGGAGCCAUCAGUCUCCUGAUGAUCGUAGUAAUACGUGAAACUCAGAGUUGCAACACAACUUCCAAUCUCUCUCUUAUGUACGAGUAUAUAGUGACCCUAUUUGAAACAAACGUAAUGAGCAUAUCAAAUUGCAGCAUUUGAAUUCAGGAUUUCAACUCAAGUUGUAUUUUCUACCUCACAGACAAUGAAUUCGAAAUCCAAAUUAUGCAACCCUUCCACCGAUGGAUGGGAGGCAUACUGUA